AUGUGGACAUCGCUAGUCUUCGCAUUCAGCCUGUUGGGCUCAAGUCUGGGGACUAUCGACGUCAAGGUCUCUACCACAAAUCCCUUUGCACUCACUAUUACCAGCCAAGGCAUCAUCGUCAACAACAAAGCCGUACUCACUGGCCCAUUGAACACAACAGCCGUGCCAGUGUCCGCAUCCAGCGAUGGCGCGGUCGCCAACAGCGGAGGCAUCAUCGACUGGUCAAUUAUUCAGCCAAACGUCGUGAAGAUCCAGUACAACUCGACGGCUGCGUUCACGGGAGCACAAUUUGCAGCAGGGCCAAACGAAAAUUUCUAUGGCGUCUGGGAAUAUCCAUGGAAUGAUUCGCUCACCAAUAACGGCAUCUCCUUUGACCUCAAAGGUGCUGGGAAUAUGCCAGGGUCGAACUGGGACAAUGCACGAGCUCCGACAUUCUACAGCAGCGAGGGUUAUGGCGUGUAUGCCGACACUCUGGAUAUGGGCUCGUUCCAGUUCAGCCCUAGUCAAGCGCAGUUCAUCUUCAAUACGAGCAGUUUGGUUUACUACAUCAUCCUGCCAACCGCUCCUGGUGACUACAAGUCAAUCAUCGAGACAUACACCGGUCUGUCAGCACGGAUCACGAUGCCUCCAGACUCGGGAUACGGCCCGACGUUCUGGUCUGAUAACUUCGAGACCGACUUUCAUGGCGAUGUUAGCAAUGCUCAAGAGAACUACUAUGACGUGAUCGAUCACCUCUACUACAACCAGAUUCACGCUUCAUCCUUCUUCGCCGACCGCCCCUACGGCACAGGAAACUAUUCAUUCGGGAACUUUGACUUCGACCCGAAAUACUACCCAACUCCCGAACAAUUCAUCGCCAAUCUCUCUUCCUGGGGCUUUGACUUUCAAGUGUGGGUGGCGAACCGUGCCUUCUGGCAUAACGAGCUUUUCAAUGUGUCGGCCGCCAAUGGAUGGCUCUUCCCGGGCAUCAAUCCGGAGUUCUUUCUGGGUCCCGCGCUUAACCUCUCCAUACCAGCGGCGUAUGAUUACUUCUUGCAGAAGCUGUCAUACUUUCCCUCAGUUGGCGUCAAGGGUUACAAAAUUGACCGCGGCGAAGAGGGAGAGAUGCCAGUGUGGGAACAAAACAUUCAGAUGCAACUGUUUGAACAAAUCUGUGAGACUUCUAUGGCCACUAAAUGGGGCAAGAACGGGUUCUACAACUUCGCUCGGUCAGCUGUCGAUCGCUCUCGUGCUCUGACAAAUAUAUGGAAUGGUGAUUCUCACGCCAACUUCACCGGACUCCAAUAUAGCAUUGCGUCGGGCAUUCGCGCAGGGUUACUCGGGUUCUCAACCUGGUCGUCAGAUACGGGAGGCUACGUCCGCUCCCCUAACCUGGUGGCCGACCAACCUACACCGGAGGUCUGGGCCCGCUGGAUGCACUUCUCAGCUUACUCCCCUGUCUACGAAAUCAUGGUCGGCACGAAUCAUACCCCGUGGUACCCCCCGUAUCCAUCACGCCUCGUCUCGAUCCUGAAAUCCACUGCAAACGAACACCACGCCCUCCUCCCGUACAUCAAAUCCUUCACAUAUCAAGCCAGUUUGACCGGCGUGCCCGUCAUGCGUGCCCUCUUCCUCGAAGCCCCCAAUGAUCAGAAGGUUCUCGACACACCGGAUGCAUAUUACUUUGGGGACAGCUUCUUCGUUGCUCCAAUAGUGCAAGAGGGCGGCCGUCGCACAGUCUAUUUCCCUAAUGACACUGUGUCCGUGUACACCGACCGCGCCUAUCUGGAAUACCACAACAAGACGGAAGUUUACCAAGGCGGCUCUUCGACGAACGUGACAUUGGAGUGGGAGUUCUCCCCUGUGUACGUGCGUGAAGGCUCCCUCGUCGUCAAGGGCGACAUUUACCAGGGCAACAACAAGUGGACAAAGAACUGGGCGCCCAGUCUGACAAUCGAGGCAUUCCCAAGCUACAACUUCGGCACGUACGUGUUUCCUUACUACAACGGGGCUGAAGUGGUGAAUAUCACGUUGAGCAGUUCGACCGAAUCGCAGACUGCAACUGUACAGUGGGAUGGUGAUCUGGGAGUCAACCACACGACAAUCGUGUUCUACGGAAAUGGUGGAGCGAAGAGUGUUUCCCCCUCCAUAACCAGUACGGGAGGGUCGGCGCAGGUGUCGAGUUUCAGCAGUAUCUUCGGAUGA